AUGAGUUGGGUCUCAAAUUUUUCAUCCUGGAUUCCCCGGGUUGGGAGGAGCAAUAGUGUUGAAGGCGGCAGCACGAGAGUGCGGGAGGACUAUGCAGAAGAAGCCCGGGAACGCGACCACCGCUCAGCGCGAGCGGAUCACGAGAUACGAAAGUUGAAGCGAGCGCUGAAUAACAAGGACAAAGAGAUCAAGGAAGAGCAGCAGAGACGGAGAGAGCUUGAGUCUGCUCGGCGAAGGCAAUGGCAGGAGAAAGAGCAAGAAGUGGAACAUCUGAAGAACGACCUUGCCCACCAGCGACGCACCAUAGACGAACUUCGCACGCAAUAUGCAAUGCUCACGAAACAGAAGGACGAGCAAGGCCAGCUCCUCGAAGCACGCACGGCCGAGCUACAAGCCGCCCAGGUGUUCCUCGGGAAAACCGACGCAUUGUCCGCCGCGGAGGUCAGGAAUAUGCUCAGAGACCUCAACACAGACAUAUUCCAGACAGCUGCCAAGCUGGCCGACGCCAUCGACUUGAGCUACCGGCCCGAUGACUCGGUGGCGGCAGCGCCGGCGGUGCAGGAUGCACUGCAAAACUGGCUGGCGCCGGAGCUCCUGGAAGCUGUGAGUGACACGCAGGACUCGUCUGUCCUGCAAGCUGCGAUUCAGGGCGUCAUAUGCGGCUGCUGCCAUGAAAUAAUCGGCGGAUGGCCGCUCGUUCUCGAGAAAAAUCGAAUGGUCCCGAGCUCUGGAUACGAAGACCUUUAUGAGAAGAUCAGGAACCAAGAGCCCCAGGCUGUCGCAGGUCGCUGGCGCUCCCUCUCCCGACGAUACCAGCGAGAAUGGGAUAAAGGCGGAAACACCGAGCGUAGAGAUUUUGUAUCCUAUGCGUCCCACGAAGUCUACCUCGUGAAUGUAGCAACGGGGUGCGUUCUCGCCCCAGAACUCGGUCAAGCCAUAUCCGACAGCCUGGAAGGAAUUAUCAAGCUAGCUCUUGGCUUGCGGAACGUUCUGGGGGAAGAUAUUACUUCAUGCGACUUCGCCACCGUGGUAGCUAGUCCGGGCCAUCUGCUGGACCUGCAAUGGAUGGACGAGGAGGGAGGAGACCCCUUCGGGGAGCAGGCCUACGGAAGCGAAUCCCGCACGCUUUGCACGACAGAACUGGGACUGCUCCGCACCGAGAAGAUAGGUUUGGAAGGCGCAAGCGAACACUUCAGCCAAGAGGUGGUGGCCAAAUGCAAGGUGGCUUUGCCGUCGCUCUUCCAGCCUUCAGAGGCGCCAACGGAGGCACAGCGACAACAGAGGAGACGUCGGAGCGACCGCAAGGGCUCGAAGAUGGCAGCGGUCUGA